CCUGUCUCUCUCUCUCUCAAGCGUUGACGAUACCCAAAAUUAAAAAUUGAAAAAUUUUGGCAUCAUUUGCGAGGCACAGAGAAGAGAGAGAGAGAUCCGAAGAUAUGCUCAUUGGAAAACCCUAAAAUCGAUCCCAAACCACCAAAAUCUGGAGACUGUGAUCGGAGUUUGAUGAAGGUCGACGAGAUUGAUGAUUUCAGAUUCGAGGAACUCGAAGAUCUCGAAAUGGAUACGGACAAAGAUAACGAAAGGCUGAUGACGCCGACGCCGACGAGGAGAAGGAUGUAUCAUUCCUCUUCGUCGUCGUCUUCUUCGGCUUCGGCUUCAUCCUCUGCUGCGUCUUCUCUCGCUGCCAAGGCCAUUCGAGCAUCUUCUGCGCAUAGAGACUCUUCUCUUUCCUCUGCUUACUCGUCUCCUUCUUCUGCUCCUGUUCCCACUCCUCCCAAGGAUGAGGUGAAGAAGGCACAUGAGUAUACUUCUAUGAAAAGUUUGAAUGAACCAAAACGAGGCUUUUGGGGAAGUUUAGCUAGUAAAGCUAAGGCCUUUUUAGAUGAGGAUGAUCCUAAUCAAUUGCCUCAGAGUCCUAAGAGAACGGAUCACAACAUACCUUCUCCAACGACUUCUGGAACUUCUUCCACUUCAGGAGUAACUAAGGAAGCUGGUCAGGCAGGUAGGAAAAGUGAGAAUCCUUCAUUACAGAGGAGGUUAGACGCGAUCACUUCAUCGUUAAAUUACAUUGGUGGCACUAUUGGCACUGUUGUUGAGGAGGGUAUUACAGCGGUGGAGAACCGUACUGCAGAUAUCAUUCAAGAAACCCGUAAAAAGAUUAAAAAGAAGCCAAGUCUUACAAAGAACCAGCAGAAUCCUGAGAUACAAGCUGAUUUGGAAAUUCAACUAAAGGCAUCUCGCGACGUUGCAAUGGCCAUGGCUGCCAAGGCAAAGCUUUUACUUCGGGAGCUGAAGAUGGUUAAAUCUGAUAUGGCCUUUGCAAAACAACGAUGCGCACAGCUGGAAGAAGAAAAUAAGGUUCUGAGAGAGAACCGUAAUGGUGGGAACAGCCAAACGGAUGAUGAUGAUUUGGUGCGGCUUCAACUUGAAACGUUAUUGGCUGAGAAAGCUCGAUUAGCUCAUGAGAACUCGAUAUACACUCGCGAAAACCUUUAUCUGAGAGGAGUAGUCGAAUAUCACCAGCUCACAAUGCAGGAUGUGGUUUACUUUGAUGAGAAGACUGAAGAAGUGACUGAGGUAUAUCCCAUUAAUGUCACUUCAAUGUCUUCCUCAUCAGAUAACUCUCACUCUCCAAACCCAAAAAUCUUGGAGCUCAAAUGAAACACAACAACAACAACAACAACUCUCAUAUGUUCUUGUUGUGAAUCAGACAACAAGACAAAACGUCUGUAAUUGCUCUGUAUCUGUAGAAAUAUAUAUACUUUUGUACUCUUUAUUUUGGGUGGGGGCUCUGAAGUGUUAGCAACGAAUGUUAUUUAUUACCCUUAAUUAUUUUAAAAAGAAUAAGAAAAAGAAUGUUCUAUGAUU